AUGGGUUGUUGUUUAUCCCGAGAAGAUGAUCGCUUUAAUGGAGGCAGUGAGGUACUAUUGCCUAAAGGUCGAAACACAAACAACAAGCGAGUAAACAAAUUGGAAGACGGGGAUCUUGCUAAGAAAAAAAAGAGUACAAAUGGUAGCAGCAACUACAAAUCACCGUCAGCUAUUGUUGCAGCCAGAGACGCCGCGGUGAAGGUACCAGUCAAGUCGCAGCUGGCUAAGAACGUUGUCGAGAACGUCGACCUGCUGCGACAUAAACCACCGACACCAAGUGUAGAUGGAAAUGUGGUGGCAGUGGCGUUUACUUCUAUUCUCGGAAAGACUAAAGAUGUUGACAAUGACAGCAAUGACGAUAAGAGCGAUGACGACAAGAUUGGAAAUGACAAGGAAGAUGACAAUGAUAAAGCCAUGGAAAACACCAAGAUAUCCAAGCCCAAGAAGAUUGUUUCAACGAAGAAGUCGAAGAAGAAACGAAAGAAAGGAAAGAAAUGA